CUCCGGGUACUCAGGCUUUCCUCCACCUCCAAACCUGGCACGUACUUAAAUGACCCUGGCUGUUAAUAGGACGUUAAACAAAAACAAACAAUGUUUAUUGACCGUUGGUAAUUAUCAUGAUAAAACUUACAAUCACAUUAUAUAUAGUAGUCCCAUAUACUUACCUGAAUAAGGAUCCAACCUGGUCGGUCAAUACCAGGUCAUUAUGUAGAAUGACGGAAUGACAUUAUCGGGAUCAAGUAUAGGUCACCUUGUAUUACAUGUCAUGUAAAGGCGGCAGAUCACAAAUUGUUGUAACAGGCAGCAGAAUUCCAUUGUCUACAAAAUAAGCAUGACGGGAUGUCUGUCACUGCUAAGUCGCAUAUGGUAAAUCAUAUCGAAAAGGAAAUUGGAAAUUGACAAUCGCUAUAUGGAGUAUUGACGUAUAAGACAGCGACCUUAUGCUCUUCUCCUACUUCCGCUACGGCUGUUAUCCCAGCUCGCACUAUACGAUAUUCAGCGAUUUCAUAACGGGCGGAAACAUUGGAGGUAGGCUUCGUCUAUAUAUAACCACCUGAUGAGGAUCGCACCUAUUUUUAUAAGCAGUAAGUCUAGCCGGUAACGAUGAACGGUGUGAAUCGGAAACAGGUCGGACAGCCAUUACUGGUUAAAACUGGAAUUCCCUCUGUUCCACAUACUGACCUAGAUGUUAAUAAUGCUUCUCCCGAAUACACCACAAGCAAUUUGGAGGGAAUUGGAGCCCUGGGAGAAAGUCAUCUGUCAUUAAACUAUGCAUAUAGUCGGAAAUAUUUAACCACUUUGAAGAUGUUGAAACCAUUUAGGCCUUCAAAUAGAGACGGUAAACUGCCUGUCAAUAAAGUUGGUAUAUUCUCAUACAUAACGGUAUCAUGGAUUUCAUCUCUUGUGAUGCGGAUAUAUAAACGAAGAGGUCAAGCAUUAAAGGAGGGGGAUAUUUGGGAGUGUUCCGACUGGGAGACCAGCAAUGUCAAUUCCGAAAGAUUAGAUAAGCUGUGGAGGAAAGAAGUAAAGGAAUAUGGCAAGGAAAAAGCAUCAUUCUUGAGGACAUGGCUAAAAUUUACACAAACACGUAUAUAUAUAUCAAUGUUCCUUGUUCUUGUGAAUGCAGUCGCAACCUUUUUUAUGACAGGUUACAUUACGAACAUGGUCAUUAGCUACCUAGAAUCGGAGGAAUCCAAUCUCGGGGUUGCCAUUUCGCUCUUAGUAGGAAAUUUCUUUGGUCAGCUGCUUCGGGCGACAUCAUUCAACCUAUUGAUCAUGUUUGGAGUACAUACAGGUGUACGGUAUCGUGCUGGCGUGUUAGGAUUAGUAUACAAGAAAUUCAUGAAAGUUCAAAGUUUACCCGGAAAAGUUGCAUCCCAGGUAAUAACCAUAUUUGGUGCGGAUGCUCUUAGACUUCACAUCAAUAGUGUAACACUGGCAUUCCUAUUGGCCAUUCCAUUUUACAUCAUCAUAGCAACCAUCUACUCAUACUAUCUAAUUGGACCGUGGUGUUUCAUUGCUCUUGGAGUCUUCAUAUUCUGCUAUCAAGUUCAGGCUCGGUUGAACGUAAUGAUAUCAAACCUCAGACGGAAAACCCUAGUUUUUACAGACCAACGGAUUCGGAAAAUGAAGGAGGUUCUAUAUAACAUGAAAAUGAUAAAGAUGUACGGCUGGGAAGAUUCAUUUCUAGCUGUCAUUAAAGGAAUAAGGAAUAGUGAAGUGCGCAUAUUGAUGCAGGCAGCCGUGAUUAACUCCAUCGCCAGUGCCAUCAUCCCGAUAACUCCGUCCGUGGCAACCAUCUCCACCAUUGCUGCCUAUAUGGCAUUUGGAAAUGAUAUUUCAGCAUCAACAGCCUUCGCCUUGGCGGCUACAAUGGAAUAUCUUCGUGUGUUACUGACCAGUGUGCCUUUUGCGACGAGAAUGUACGGAGAAUCAAAGAUUGCCAUGAGACGCAUAAAGAAAUUUCUUUUACGUGACGAAUAUACACCACCUUCUAAUCAAGUCAAGGAUGACACCAAUGCUGUUGAAAUUCAAGAUGGUGUUUUCCAAUGGGAAGAUUUAACUGAUUUACUUACUGAUAAAGAUGAGAAGAAAAAGAAACCAAAGAAAGAAGAGAAAAAUGCUUUGACUUCUUCACGUACUGAAAGCACGGCAUCUUUUAACCUAGAUGAUAUCCAGUUUAAUGUUAAAAAGGGACACCUGAUAGGUAUAUGUGGCUCAGUAGGCAGUGGGAAAUCGUCUCUUAUAUCCGCUAUUCUAGGCCGUAUGCCAAAAUUAACAGGUCAUCUUGCUGUAGACGGGUCGGUUGCGUACGCCGCGCAGCAAGCGUGGAUAUUUAAUGGAACUUUAAGGGAAAACGUUCUCUUCGGACAACCAUACGACAGUUCAUGGUAUAAAACUGUUAUAUUUGCCUGUGGCCUUGAGCCUGAUCUAGAUCUGCUGCCAAAUAGAGAUAUGACAGAGAUCGGCGAAAGAGGAAUCAACAUAAGCGGAGGACAGAAACAGAGACUGAGUCUAGCACGUGCUGUAUACAGUAAAAGCGACAUCUAUCUCCUUGACGACCCGCUGUCCGCCGUAGAUGUCCACGUGGGACGACAUUUGUUCCAUAAAUGUAUCACAAACACUUUAAAGGGAAAGACUGUCAUACUGGUUACUCACCAAUUACAGUACCUACGUCAUUGUGACGAGAUAAUGGUGUUUGCGGAGGGAAAAAUCGCAGAGCGAGGACACCACGACGACCUGAUAGCCCGAGAUGGUUACUAUGGCUCCAUGAUGGGUCAAUUCCACGCUACGACGUCACACAAUGCGGCAAAGGGAGAUAGCAAAGAGUCGAAGUCACAACAUGGUCAUAUCCAAUCAUCAAAUGAAUCGGAUGAGAAAAAGGCAACAAAAUCCGACGAAAAUAAAGGCAACCUAACUGAGAAAGAAGAAGCACACGUUGGCAAUGUAUCCUGGGGAACCUACAAGUCUUAUAUAAGUGCCGGUGGUGGCUAUGUACCAAUGGCUGGUGUUAUGUUUCUAGUUAUCAUCUCAGUCGCCUCAUUGGUGUUUACAGACUGGUGGCUCGGUCUCUGGCUCCGCGAUAACGACGAAUUAGCCAAGUCUUUAGCACAAAAUACUACCAUUAACUUCACAAUGUUCUCAAAUACGUCAACAACUUACUUCAUCCCAAACCACAACCAAACAUAUACUGUACAGGAAAGUAACACCACAGCAGUACUACCACCUAUAGACAACGAUGCCAGAGUUCGGUACUACAUGUUUAUAUAUUUAGGAUCGAUGAUAGGGAUCUUGGUGUUCACUAUCAUGAAAGGACUCGCGCAAUCUUUGAUGAUGAUGCGAUCGACUCGGUUGUUACACAAUCACGCUUUAACCAACAUUAUGAAAGCCCCCAUGUUAUUCUUUGAUGCCAACCCAGCGGGACGGAUUCUUAAUAGAUUUUCCCAGGAUUUAGAUGAAAGUGAUGUCUUCCUUCCUAUCUAUAUAGACGCAUUGCUCCGAUUAUUGGUGAUGGCGAUCAUGUCCUUGGGUUCGGCCAUUGUCAAUCUUCCGUGGACCUGUAUCGCGAUAUCCGUUAUAUCUGUUGUGUUUUAUUUCCUUAAGAAGAUCUCAUCUGUGUCCACCAGACAGUUAAAGCGGUUUGACACGAUUGUGAAAUCACCUUUAAUAAAUCAUGUGACUGCAUCCGGGCAAGGGCUCUUUACAAUCGUCUCAUUUAAACAGCAAAAGCAAUUCAUUAAAGAGUGCAUGAAGUUAACUGAUGUGACGUCAACCGCACUGUUCCUGUUUGAAGGGAUGAUGAGAUGGAUAGAACUCCGUCUAGACGUAGCAGCCUCAGUUAUGAUAGUAGUCACGAUGCUGGUUAUGGUUUUAAUGAAGGGAACGAUCCCUCCUGCAUUUGCCGCCCUAUCCUAUAUUCUGUGUGUCAGGGUUGUAUCCUCAAUGCAGUUUAUAGUCAGGCUAGCAAACGAAUCGGAAUCCAGGUUUACCUCUGUAGAGCGGAUACAUGAUUAUGAAUCGAAUAUAGAAACUGAAGAGGAUUCUGUCUCGGUGAUACCGGAUAAGAACUGGCCACAAGAGGGACGUCUUGUUUUCUCUGACGUCAUGAUGCGCUACCGGAAGGACAUGGACCCCGUUUUAAGAAACAUCCGUUUCGAUAUAAAACCGAAACAGAAAGUCGGUAUCGUAGGCAGGACAGGUGCCGGUAAGUCCUCCCUGGCCGUGGCACUGUUCCGUCUGUGUGAAUUGUCAGAAGGUCACAUUUCUAUAGACGGAGUUGACAUCGCCCACAUCCCACGUAAAACUCUACGAUCUCGUCUGUCCACCAUACCUCAGGACCCUGUCCUCUUCACCGGCACACUCAGAUACAACUUGGAUCCAUUUGACCUGUAUACAGAUGAAGUUAUAUGGGCAGCUAUAGAACAGGCACAUAUGAAAGAAAAGAUCAAAGGGUAUGGUGAACAGCUGGAUUUGAGGGUGGAGGAGAACGGAGAAAACUUUUCUGUUGGAGAAAGGCAGCUGAUUUGUCUGGCGCGGGCUAUCCUGAGACGAAAUAAGAUCCUAGUCCUGGACGAAGCCACAGCAUCCAUUGACACGUCCACUGACGCCAUGAUACAGGAGACGAUCCGGGAGAGUUUCGCCGACUGUACCGUCCUCACGAUCGCUCAUAGACUCAACACUGUCUUACAUUGUGAUAUCAUAUUAAUAUUGGAGGCUGGAGAGGUUUUAGAGACAGGGAAACCACAAGAUCUGUUAUCAAAUCCAGAAUCGGUGUUCAACAGGAUGAUAAGGGCACAAACAGUCAAAACACCGUCACCCUAAUGGAGACGCAUGUACUGUGAUCGCUGAUACUCUAACAGACAAGCCAAGCUUUAAAAAUAUGCCAAAUCACACAACCCCAUUCCUGAAACAUACAAUAAUAAAACCACGCACUAAACCAUCGCCGUCUGCAAGUAUAGAUUAUAGACCGAAGCAUCAAUAUUUCAGUCAUUACAAUCACUUUGAGUAAUACUCAUCAUAAUUGUACCUUUGAAACAAUAACUCACAGAGAACUUGUCACAGGGAACAACUCUAGUAUCAUUAUAAAUCACAUUACUACUAGGUCAAAAUAUAAACAAUGAACAAGUUGACACAUGAAACAAUGUUGACAUACACCUGUUUACCCGCAUCCCAUAAUAAUUGACUGUAUAUUGCGUCCAUGUUUUCACAAUGUAAAAGUGACAAAAUAGAACAUAUUUAAGGUUCAUGUAAAUAGUAAAUCAAGUGAUAUUUAUCCAGAUUAAAACUCACUAUUCUGUUGUAAUUAAACAGAAGUUACUUGACCAAUUGUUAAUAUGUGUCAUGGCUAUACAUGGGUCUUGAUUUUGACAUCUAAAUUGUUACGCUACCUGUUAAUUUCGGCAAAAAAAACCCACGUAAAAUGCAAGUUUCAGGAAAACAAAUAAAGCUCUUGUAGAUCAGACAUAUUGCACAACACAACCAUGCCGUUAUGGUCACAAGUGUCUAUAGCAGUUAGUGCGAGCGCUUAUUUGGCCAUAUUUUACUUUAUUAAAGCAUAAACGUCGAUUCUCUUUUUGCUAUGACAAAAUAGUUAUGUUGCCUUAAAACAACGUUUUGGGAGUAUACAUUCUUAGUGUUUAAUGCAUGCUCUACCUCAAUCGCCAGUAUAUCACUGGAAUCAAGUUAAGGUCCUCAUUCUAACUGCUAGCUUACAAUUGUGAUUUUUGUGAUUUUUCAUUAGGUUUUUAAGUAAUUACGAUUGAGCGGUUAAAGGUGCUUAGGUUUUUCGCUUCCUUUUCUAUUCACGAUGAAUCAAAUGUUUUAUGUUAAACAAAUUAAUCACGUCCAGGUAAGCUUCAUUAAAGACAGAUAUGGUGCCGAUAAAUGGAGUCCUAUUUAUGUUAAAUAUGCUAUAUCAUAAAUAUAUUACUUCCGAUAUUCUCUGUACGCCGUGGUCAAUCGGAUUGAUGUCUUAAAUUAGUUAAACAUUCCUUGGUCAGUUGGAGUUAUGUCUUUUAUAGUUAAACGUUCUUGUGGAAUAUUUAUUUUUAUCAUUAAUGUAUUACAUUUAAGCAUGUGGUAUUUCAAAGCAGCACACAUUCAUGAUUUACGUAAUAUCGCAGUACAUCAUAUACAUUAUUUUUUGUAUUUAUCAAAUAUACAGUAUGAGUAUAGUAUGCAAAUGUGUCAUUUAUAUUGACGACAAUUACAUGGGUGUAUGUGCACAUUUUACUCAAGUUCAUCGAGCUAAAUCAAUUGAAUUUGUUCAAUUACAACAGUAUUACAUUUGAUCAUUAUCAGUUCAUGUUUCAAAAUACUUUGUUUGCUCAGAAAACUAUGUAAGGGUAUCAUAUCACAAAUUUAAUAAGGGUACCAAAUGACAUAUUUUAAGGGUAUAAAAUGUCAAAUUAAGUCAGCUUAUCAAAUGUCGAAUUUAGUAAUGGUAUCAAUUUUUUUUUAAUUUAGUAAGUGUAUCAAAUGUCAAAUUAAGAAAAUAUAUUGAAUAUCAAAUUUAGUAAGAGUAUCGCAUGUCUAAUUUGGUAAAAAUUUGGUAUUUUAUUUUAAAAAGUAUCUUAUUUAGUAAGGGUUUCAAAUGUCAAAUUUAGUAAGUGUAUCAGAUGUCAAUUUUAGUAAGUUUAUAAAAAAAUCAAGUCAGUGUAUUAAGUAUCAAAUAAAUUAAGUGUAUUGAAUGUCAAAUUUAGUAAGUGUGUUGAAUAUCACAUUAAAUAAGUGUAUCAAAUGUCAAAUUUAGUAAAUGUAUCAAAUGUCAAAUUAAGUAAGUGUAUCAAAUGUCAAAUUAAGUAAGAGUAUCAAAUGUCAAAUUAAGUAAGUGUAUCAAAUGUCAAAUUUAGUAAGUGCAUCAAAUGUCAAAUUAAGCAAGUGUAUCAAAUGUCAAAUUAGAAUCACUAGGCUCUUGACUGUAAACUGUUUUACAUUAUAUUGUGUUAUGUACAAGAAACUUAUUUUGAUGGUAAUCAUAAUUUUAAAGUGAUUGUUAUUCCUGUAGUUAAUGUUUGAAAGUUGUUUAGCGUACGUUUAUAUUUCCUGGUGCUGUCUGUUGCAAUUUUGCGAAAUGAUUCCAAACAAAUUUAUCAUAUUGCAGGUACAGUGAAAUACGUAAUCUAGAACUUGCAUACGGUGCUUUUGUGAUGAAUCUGAAAAGAACAUUUAAAUGUUUAUUUAUGUUAACCAUGUAUUUAUAGGAAUAAAGUUGUAUAUUUGUGUUGUAUUUUGCAAUAAAGUUGUUUUCUGAAUA